AUGGGGAGCUCCGACCCCAGAGAAGUGGGCUUGUUUUUUUUUGUUAAGUCUCUUGGUGAUUCCUGCCCUGAGCCGACGGCGCUGACUCGCGUAAACUUGUCUUGCAGGGUGUCCGGAGGAAGGGGAACCCGAAGCGGAUGCCGCGCCGAGAUCCGGCAGGGCCCCGAAGGGAUCGGGGCGACGUGGCCCCUCACGGUGGCGGAACGGGGCAGUGACUGCCGCAGCGAGAGGCCGUUCGUCUGCCGGGCCUGCGGGAAGGGCUUCACCCAGUCAUCCCACUUGCGGACCCACCAGCAGGUCCACACCGGGGAGCGGCCCUUCCCCUGCCGGGCCUGCGGGAAGGGCUUCCGCUCCUCCUUCCACCUGCUGCGGCACCAGCUGGUCCACACCGACGAGAGGCCCUUCCGGUGCCCCGACUGCGAUGGUGGCUUCAAGAGUCCCGAGCUGCUGGGGCAGCACCGGCGCAUCCACAGCCGGGACCGGCCCUUCGGCUGCCCCCGCUGCCCCCGGAGGUUCGCGCGGCUGUCCAGCCAGCUGGCACACUGUUGCGCCCCUGCCGGCGGCCGGCCUCCCACCUGCCCCGUCUGCGGCAAGGGCUUCACCCGCUCGUCCCACCUGCUGACCCACCGGCGCGUCCACACCGGUGAGAGGCCCUUCGUCUGCCCCGAGUGCGGCCGGGGCUUCGCCCACUCCUCCAACCUGCUGCGGCACCGGCGGGUCCACACCGGCGAGAGGCCCUUCAUCUGCCCCGAGUGCGGCCGGGGCUUCGCCCAGUCCUCCAACCUGCUGACCCACCGGCGGGUCCACACCGGCGAGCGGCCGUUCACCUGCACCGAGUGCGGGAAGGGGUUCACCUGCUCCUCCUACCUGCUGACCCACUGGCACGUCCACACCGGGGAGAGGCCGUUCACCUGCUCUGAGUGCGGGAAGGGCUUCACCCAGUCGUCCCACCUGCUGAGGCACCGGCGCACCCAUGUUUGA